AUGCCCGUAAUGCAUUCGCCGUCGCGAUCGGAAGAUAGUGAAAAAUCAUUUCACGGAUUCGUCGAGGAUGUUCCCGUUGAUCUUGAUAUGGAAAAGGAAUAUCGUGUGGUUUGUCGCCAGCGUUCCCAGGUAAAGCAAAAGCUGGUGCGAAUUCAACGCACGAUAAUCGCGAACUCCACUAUCGGAUUGGCACAGCUGAAUGUGUUGUCAAGAAACCUAUCUGCAGUGUACACGGAAUAUAGUGCGUUUCACAGUAAGAUUUUGUCUUUGGUAUCGGAUGAAGCAUUGGAUCAACAAGAACAGGAAUGUGCUGAUUUUGAAAAUACUUAUACCGCCGUGUGUAAUGCAGUGGAGGAGUUACGAUUGGAAGCAAGCAACCGGACAUCGCCAAAUGCUUCAUCGAACCCGCAAAAUCAACAAGUAAUUAUCCAGCAACAACCCCUUAAGAUGCCGAUUCCUACAUUCGACGGAAAUUAUGCCGCAUGGCCAAAGUUCAAGGCCAUUUUUAAUGAUAUAAUGGCCAAUUCGGGAGAUACAGAUGCCGUCAAGCUGUAUCAUCUCGAAAAAGCGCUAGUCGGAAAUGCCGCUGGAACCCUUGAUACUAAAAUUCUUAGUGAAGGGAAUAACAAGCUAGCUUGGGAUGUCCUUAUGGAUCGAUACGAUAACAAGCGGGCUAUCGUGGAAGGCCACUACCGAGGGUUGUUAUCUCUGAAGAAAAUGUCGUCAGCAUCGCAUAAAGAAUUACGUGCACUUGUGAAUGAAGCCACCAAUCACGUUGAAAGCCUGCGAUAUCUCAAGCAAGAAAUUAAUGGCACAGCGGAACAUUUUUUCGUAUUUUUGAUUAUUUCGGCGCUCGACAACGCUACUCGACAAGCUUGGGAAUCCACAAUGAAGAAGGGAGAACUUCCAAAGUACAAAGAAACUAUCGAGUUCCUGAAAACACGGUGUCAAAUCUUGGAUAACUGUGAAUCUGCAAUCCAAGCAACCACCUCAACAAAGAUGAAGCAAGUUCCACUACCAUCGAAGGCUCAGACGCAGAAAUGUUACACCUCAUCCACUAGCACUUCGCAACCCAUCUGUGAAAUUUGUGGUGGUUCCCAUCGGAAUGUCCUAUGCCCAACACUCACCGAUCUUUCACCUGCACAAAAGAACGAAAAAAUUCGAGCUGCUGGAGUGUGUUUUAACUGUCUGCGUAAGGGACAUAGAUCAAAAAAUUGUCCUUCUGAUAAGGCCUGCCACAAAUGCCAACGACGUCACCACACAUUGUUGCAUUCGGAUGGAAUGUUCAACAAAGAGACUAAACCCAAUGUUUCGCUUCCCGUCAAGACGGUGGCAAAUCCGCCUUCGAUUCCAGAAAUUCCAAAGCAAGCUGAUGCUGCGCAGAUACCCACCGUGGUAGAGUCGUCUGUUUCCAACACCUGCUCAUCAUACCAAGUACAAUCUAGAAGGACUGUACUGUUGCAAACCGCAAUAGUACAUGUAUUUGACCAAAAAAAGCAACCCCAUCCAUGCCGUGUACUUUUGGACAGCGGCUCCCAGGUGAACUUCAUAACAGAAGAAAUGGCCAACCGCUUAGGUCUUUUCAAAAAACCAGCCAAUGUUCCCAUCGUUGGUGUUAAUGCCUUACGCACUCUCGCCCGAGAUAAAGUGACGAUCAAGUUCCGCUCCCGUGUGUCUUCCUUUAACGCCAGCCUAGAGUGUCUAGUAAUUCCCAAGGUAACAGGUAUAAUUCCAACUUCCAAGAUUGACGUUACACAGUGGACAAUACCGAAAGGAGUAGUUCUCGCUGAUCCUAUGUUCCACACACCGGAAAAGAUAGAUUUGCUGAUAGGUGGAGAACUAUUCUUCGAUAUCCUGAAACCGAGUCUGAUUCAACUAGCCGAUGGACUACCACAGUUUCGAGACACUCAUGUCGGGUGGAUUGUGGCUGGUGUUAUCGUCGAACCGCACUUGUGUAACGUGUCGCUCCAGUAUUCGCACGUUGCACUAGAAGAUAUUGAACGGAAAUUGUUGCAGUUCUGGCAAGUCGAGGAGGUGCCAGAUGUUCCCAAACUAUCAGCAGAGGAGAUAGAAUGCGAAACGCAUUUUCUUUCCACCUACCAGCGUGACGAAACCGGAAGAUUCAUUGUUAAGCUUCCGUUUAGAAGUAAUUUAUCCCAGCUGGAUAAUUGCCGUUCCUUGGCUUUGAAGCGGUUUUUGAUGUUGGAGAAGCGACUCAUCCGUAACCCAGAAUUACAAGCACAGUACGUGGACUUUAUCCGUGAGUACGAGUCUCUUGGACAUUGUCGCGAGGUAGCAGAAUCACAAGAUAAACCAAACCAGCAACUUUAUUAUUUAACACAUCAUGCAGUACUGUGA